AUAUAUAUAUAUGUACUCCUAUAACAUAAUAUAUACACUGAACUGAACUUACUCCUCCCCUCCCUUGUUACUUUGUUAGUUAAGCUAAUUAAGCUAAUAAUUAAUAUAGUCCACAAUGGAGUCAAAGAGUGAUGAUAGUCGAAAUGAGGAAGUAGCGGCUAAUACAACUGAUGAAGAUGUUGAACAAAUGGAGGAGGAUACCAAUGAUUUGGUGGUGCCUGAUUCAGUGUCUGAAUCUCAAUCUCAAUCUGAAUCUGAAUCUGAUAAUGAGGAUGAUAAUGAUAAUGAUAAUGAUAAUGAUAAUGAUAAUGAUGUUGUUGGUUACAAACCUUCCUCUGACUUCAAGUUGGAACUUAAAGAGCCACUUAUAGAUAUACAAGUCGACGAUGACACUGAACUCUGGCUUAUUCAACUCCCACUUCACCUGUCUCUUGAUGAUUUUGAUGAACACCAAGUUGUAUCCUUAGACCUUGACAUUCAAGAUGGACCAAUUGGAACCAUUAACACCAAAUCUGGUAAAGAAUAUACCAUCAUGGACUUUCCGUCUCCAGUAGCUGCUGAAUUAACUGUUUUUGUGCCUGGUCUUACCGGAACUAAAGUCGCUGGGAAGAUAUCGCGGCAUGUAAACCUUGUGAAUUUCCCAGAGCCAAAUGAAGUGAUGAUGCAAAGUCAUUUAGAUGAUGACAGUGAGUCAUCAGUUGAUGAACAUAAACAUAAUUCGGUUGAUAUGACAAAGAAUGAAGCACACACAAACAAUAUCAAUAUCAAUAUCAAUAUGACAAACAUAUAUCGUGGUAUCAAUAUGACAAAGAGAUAUCGUGGUAUCAAGGCAAACAGGAAAGCCAAUGCAAAACCUUGAUUGCCUCAUUCUCGAUCUGUCUUUCUGUCUUCAACACCUAGCUGCUGCUACUAUCUUCUCAUCUCUUCUGUUAAUCUAGACAUCUUUUGCUUUUAUGUUAUUUUUAUGCUUUCAUCUUUGUUUCAAUUUCAUAUAUUUUGGGUAAUCGAUCAAUUUGAAUUAAUUAGUAAGGUGUUCAUUUUCAUCUAAACAAGUUUAUUUAUUGGGUUAUGGAGAUGGAACAUAAACAUCUUCAUUCUCAUAUUCAUUGCC